CGAAGAAGAGUAUCCAAGAUGGUGAUAUUUGCGUGGCAUCAUCAAAGGUAGCAGGAGAGAGACUGUGGGAGAGCGAAAGAUUCAUCUCGCAACACACGAUUCUCUUCCUGGUUCCAGUUGGCUCCCUUUCCCCCCCGAUUGUUAUAUUUAUUAUUGAUUACUGAUUAAUUACCGAGCCAUAUAAUCAUCACCAAGAACACUUUGGAUUGCAUUCGAGAUCUGAAUAAGCAGUGGAAAUGAGUGCACAUAAAUUGGGUGAAUAACAAAUAAACAGCCUCAUCAUUUUGCUGUUGUCAGUGGCGUGUGGUGUUUCGCCCCGGCUCGUAUACAUGGAGCACAGGGAAGUGGAGGUGAGACUCGCAGCAGAGAGUUAAAGAGUAGACCACUGCUGCACUCCAUGGUUGACGUUUAUAAAAGUUUUGCGAGUAAAAACACUUAUGCAACAGUUGACGUAAAACGAAGGAUUGGAUUGGGCUCAAUAUAGCCGAUACCCAUCAGUCUGCGAUAGAAUUGGUACAGCCCCACUAGCUGUUCUUGCUGUUGUAGUGGGUGUUCCUGCUCUGACCAGUCCGUCUUUUUUUUAAUGAUUUCAGAACUGGAACGUGCCGACAGGAGGAAAAGCAUUGGGAGGACAUUGACUUUCACCAAUAAGCCGGUGAAAUGAGUUCUUCAGAAGAGGUGAAACAGACGGACACAGGCAGCAGCAGACCCCAUCAGUGUCACAAGUGUGGGAAAUCUUUCAGUCGGAUUUGCAGUCUAAGGAGACAUGAACUCACUCACACUGCGGAGACACUGUACGACUGUGAACAAUGUGGUAGCAGUUUCAGCCAACUUAAUGCCUACAAUACACACUUGCAGACGCACACUGAAGAAGCAACAUACUGCUGUGAACAGUGCGAGAGGCAUUUCAGCGACCACAGUUCAUAUAGAAAACACCUGCGCGACCACACUGGACCAUACCAGUGUGACCAAUGUGAAAAGACGUUUAGUUACUUCAGUAUUUACAAGAUACACAUGCGUGUCCACACUAAAGAAAAGCCAUACUGCUGUGACCAGUGUCCAAAAAGUUUUAGUUUUUUAAGUUCAUACAAGCGACACCAGCUCAGCCACAGCGGAGAGAAGCCGUACCAGUGUGACUUCUGUGGAAAGAGUUUCACGCAGUCGGGGCAUUUCAGUCUGCACCUGCGUAACCACACUGGAGAGAAACCCUACGAGUGUGACCAAUGUGAAAAGAGUUUCAGUGACCUUAGUAGUUACAAGAUACACCUGCGUGUUCACUCAGGAGAGAAACCAUACUGCUGUAACCAGUGUGGGAGGAGUUUCUCUCAGUUGGGCAACUACAAAUCACAUUUGCGUAUCCACACCGGAGAAAAACCAUUCCGCUGUGAACUGUGCGAGAAAAGCUUCUCCAUUUCAAAAACGUAUAAACAACAUGUGCGCACGCACACUGGAGAGAAGCCAUACAAGUGUAAAGAAUGUGGGAAAGGUUUUGGUCGUCUAAGUAACUACAUGCGUCACCUCCGUAUUCACACUGGAGAGCAACCUUACAGCUGUGACCAGUGCGGGAAGUCUUUCAAUAGCUCGUAUAGUUACAGCCGACACUUGCGCGUGCACACCGGAGAGAAACCAUACUGGUGUUCACAGUGCAAGAGACUGUUCACUCGAUCCCAGUCCUUGAAGAAACACCGCUGUAUUGCAAUAGAUGACGACUAUUUAGACGAGAGAAUAGAUAAGAGUUCGACUGUGUGUAACAAAGAAGCACAACUGAGUUGCUCACCAACAGAACCAGCAAACGACAGCCAACAAAAAACAACAAAAUAAACUAGUGUGUUCAUGGUAGUUAGGGGACGUGUCAAGUGCAACAGUGGGGCUUUGUUUGUGUUCGUAAUAGUUUUUAGACAACCGGAGCUUUAUCGCACAGAGGAAUAAGAUACCAGGCUUUGGACGGACGGACGGACAUACACACCACUUGUUAGAAGGACACAUUAAUUGUUGGUUUUGGUCUUUUCGUGGGAUUUUUCUUCUAGUAAUAUAGAAUAUAUCACCAGACCUAUAAUUAAACCUCUUCUCUGACUGAUCGAAAGGAGCUGGACAAACACGCUUUAUGUGUGUGGCAUCUUUCCUACAAGAAAUUCAUCCCAAAGAGCUGUGAAAUAAAAAAGUGAGCUUUUUAAGAAACCUAAAAAAAAAUUAUGACUUUAUCAAAGACAUAGUGAAAGACACUGUUACAAAGUGAGUUGAAUCAUGUUAUCUUGUUUGAGCUUUGUGAAAAGCUUUUUAUUUUAAUAUUUUGUUACCAUUUUCUGUGUUUAAGUUUAACACUAGCUUGCUAAUCGUCACACAGCUCAUGUUAACAUUUGUUAGCAGAACGUGAGACUAAUAUUGAUCACUCAAAGAAACUGUGAUUACUUUAGGGAAGACAUCAAGGCCAACAUUUUGAUAUUUAGGAAUCUGGAGGUCCGGUCACAGAGAGAACCUGACGCUCCAAAGUCAGUCAUCGAGAUCCUAUUGACUCAGUGAAACAACUCUCAGCAUCACAGAGGAACAAAGACCCGUCCGCUGUGAUCAGAGUCAAACCGGAGGAAUAUGACUUUGCUUUAAUUCAAAGUUUAUUUUCAAUUAAAAAGAAUAUAAUGAGCAUGUUAUGAAACUUAAAUGUGGUAAAGGAUAUGUAUGAAUUAUUAUUAGUUGAGGUAUGAAUAAUUAGUAGUUGAGUUAUUGUAUAAUUCUCUUAAGAUUAAAGGCUAUAUAUGUCUUACUUUGGCUCCAUCUGGUGGUAGUAUCAAGUAUGGCCGAUUGGUUUGUCCAAUUAAAAAAAAAACAUGCUUCUAGGCUUUACCCUAAUCAUGUAGAAAGAAAUGUAUCCGCCUAGCUGUCUGCUGUCAACAGCCGCCGCCACAAUUUAUCAGUGAUCUGAAGUCUGCUUGAGUUACUCACAGCAUUGAAAAACAUACAUGCAUGUCAGACCUCACUGGGCUGAGUAUCAUUGUCCAUUCCAGUUUCAACUGUUGACAGCAAGGUCUUUAAAUCAUAUAUCCUGCAGUGUUUCAUGUCCAACCUACUGCAAGUGUGAUUUAAAAAAAAAAAAAAAAAAACACUAACGAAUGUGCACAGGGCUCUGUAUGAAUGUAGUGGUCUUAACAAAGAUUGCAGUUCAUUUCACAGCUGGAGACCGUUGUGUGGACUGUGGUGAGACAGAUUCACAGCUUGACUGCUGUCCAUCAGAGCGAUACUUGUCAAGUGGUCAAUUACCUGAAACUAACAAUUAAAACAGUUCAAUAUGAAUGACUGUUUUGUAUAUUGUGUAUAUUACAAUGUGUAGUAUUAGUCUGUGAUACCAUGGAGGAUAAAAAAUGUAAGUCACUAAUAAAUGGAAUAUAUUAAUACUUGCUGAAAUAAAUGUUUUAAUGAGUGAAGUCUGAAAUAAAAGGUUUCAAUUGAA